CUGCUAAAGACGUUUUAAUUGUCCUGGACAGCUUUUAGUAAUUUUUAUUUUAGAGUGACCUCCCUUUAACUGAUAAGACUUGUUGACAAACUACGAAUGGAAAGCAUUAACACUGGUUUCAGUUUCUCGAAUGAUAUUAAGACGACGUUGUUUUCAAGGAUCGAGAAAAGAAAAGCUAACACAAGAUGAUGACUGACUUUGGAUAUGACGAAGAUAAGGAUAGUGAUGUGGAUGUCCAGGAAAUGUUGGAACUCCAACUCUCUGAGGUGGAAAUGCUUUCUAGUAUGUUCCCCUCUAAAGAAGAGUUCCAGAUGGAUGACCCCUGCACUGUAGCAGCCAUAAGAAACUAUCUUGAUGGUCAAAUGCUAUACGAGUAUCUACAUAAGAGAGUGGGCUUUACAGUCAAAGUGAUGCCAAGGUCAUCAGACAGUAAGGUUGCAGUGGAGUUAGUUUGUAACUUACCUCAUGAAUACCCACAUGUAGCACCGACUGUGUUCACCAGGUCUCCUCUUAUGAAUCGAGAGAACCACCAGCGAUUAAAUGAAGAUUUAAAUGAUUUCAUACAAGGGAUUGACCGAGGAGAAAUCUGUAUGUUUUCUGUGAUUGAAUGGAUACAAGAGAAUAUAGACCAAUACCUAGUCUCUGUGGAAAAGAAGAAGGAUGUUUCACCUCCCAAGGAAGUGGACACCAUUUUCUCAAGACUUUGGAUAUACAGUCACCAUAUCUAUAGCAAAUUCAAACGUCGGGAUAUUAUUGACUGGGCCCAGGAACUUCACCUGACAGGUUUUAGUUUGCCAGGAAAACCAGGUGUUAUAUGUGUGGAGGGUUAUAGUCGUAGUGUGGAAGAAUAUUGGCAAAGACUUCGGCGUCAGAACUGGAAACGUUUAGUGAUUAAGGAAAAAGAAGAACAGGAUAUUGGAGAUGAUGAUAUAAAAAAGUAUUAUAAGUUUGAUGCCUUUGAAGAAAAAGUUUUUGAUGCUCGUGGUGGUAAAGGUAGAGAAUAUCAUAUGGACUUGGGGAAGUUGUUCGAGUUCCUAGAGAAACAUGACUGUAAGCACAUAUUUAGUCUUUACUUUGGAGUGGAUGGAAAAAUGGCAACAGAUUAAAAGUAUGAGUGUACAGUUAUAUACAAAAUUUGUUAUUUUUUACUUUCUGUUAAACUGUGAGACUGACCCUUAUUUUCUGGUCCAUCCAUCAGCAUUCUUCUACACUUUUUCAGUAAUAUCUACC